UCUAUACUUAACUUUAUUAAAAUCAAAAAUUUCAAAAUAUCUAAAAUAUAAAAUAUUGCUCUAUAAAUGUUUUUUUAAUAGGGCACGGAAGCAAUUGAAGGGAUGAUUGUAAAUUCUAACAUGUUAAAGAAUGUGCCUUUUGAGUACUCAAGUAUUCAAAAGGAUGGUAAAGUUACGAAUACUCAUAUUGGAUGGUGUGUGUCUCAGUGGGUCUUUUAAAUAUUUAUCCAAUGAGCUUAGGUUGUUUAGAUUACACAAUUGCAACUUGAGUCGUAUACAAUCUAAUUUUCACUGUGAGAAACUUGUUGAGUUAGCCUUGGAAAGGAGCAUUAUCGAAGAAUUCCAAUGCAAUAUGCAGCAUUUUAGAUGCUUGAGGAUUUUAAAGCUUGAUUAUUGUGAACAACUUAAGAAAACACCAAACUUCACUGGGGCACAUACUCUUCAAAAAGUAUCCUUUAAGUGGUGUUCAAAUUUGGUCAAGGUACACCCAUCAAUUGGAAGUUUGGAGAAACUUGUUGAGUUAGAUUUCCAACAUUGCAAGAAACUCAAGGUUCUUCCAAGUAGCAUUUGCAUGUUAAAAUCACUUGAAGUUUUACGUUUAUAUGAAUGCGAAAAAUUGGCGGAGCUUCCAAUUGACUUGGGAAAAUUAGAGCAACUAAGAGAUUUACUUGCUAGUGGAACUGCCAUCUCAUGUAUACCAUUUUCUUUGGGAUGUUUGAGAAAUCUAAAGACACUGGAACUGCAACAGUAUGGUGUUGGUUUUUUUCCACCUUCAGUUGCAAAUUUGUGCUCCUUUGAAGUUAUUGAGAAUUUGACCUCAUUGGUAUCUUUAGAUUUAUCAGGAAUAAGUUGUUAUCUUCAAAUCCUACCCUUCAGCCUUUGUCAUCUUUAAAAGUUGAAACUUCUCUGCUUGAACAAUUUGCAAAAUCUUAGAGUACUUGUAGAACUUCCUCCUAGUUUGGAGGAACUCUUUGCAGAUAAUUGUGUCUCAUUGGAAAAAAUUACAGCUGUAUCAAACUUGAAGAAACUUGAAGUGUUGAGUCUUGAAAACUGUGUAAAUUUGG